UACUUGCAUGUGGUCUCAGGAAACACUUCACUUUCAUAAUAAAGUUGAUGAAGAAGAGAAUGAAAAACUUUGUGAUCGAUUAGAGGUGAACACGAAUGGAUCUGAUCUAAGUUCAAAUUCGCAAAAAUGUGAAGAAGACUGUCAAACUCCUCAACAAAUUUUGUAUAGGAACUGGCCCCUAAUGUCAUCUAUUAUUGUAUUUUGUGUUUUCCAACUUCAUGACAUGGCUUAUGCAGAGAUUUUUCCAUUAUGGGCUGUUAGUCCAAAGAAGUUUGGGGGAUUAGGCUACUCAAGUUCUGAUGUUAGUGAAGUUCUUUCAAUUUCAGGUACUCAUGACUAGAAAACAUACAUACACUCAUCACUUAAGUAAUUGGUAUUGGUAUGCUUAUCUGACUUUCUUUCAUGAUGUUCUAGGCAUUGGUGUGCUUAUCUUUCAGUUAUUUGUGUACCCACCAUUAGAGAGAAAGUGUGGGUUUUUAUAGAUGACUCGAAUCAGAGCUGUAUGUCUAGCAUUUUUUUUUAAUCUCUUUAAACAUGUUCAACACACUUUUGCUAUGGAAUUUAUUUAAAUGUCUUAAGUAUUGUUGAAAACCUUUCGACUUGAAAUUUUUCUUGGUUUCUUGUGAAGGUUGUUACAAUAGCAUUGCUAUCAACUUACCCUU